AUGGGAGAUAAAAAAUUUAAAGCCCAAGAGUUCCGUGAAAUAAAAAUAAACCGUGGCUUGCCAAGUGAGCACCAUAUCUAUCCUAACAAUUAUAUCAGCACUGGGAAAUAUACUCUACUAUCUCUCGUCCCAAAAAAUAUUUUUGAGCAAUUUCAUAGGAUCGCUAACAUAUGAUUUCUCAUAGUAUCGAUAUUCCAACUUCUCCCUUUAAAUUUAUCUCCUACAUCUUCUUGAGCAACUAUUGCGCCUCUUUCACUUGUGAUUUUUGUUACUUUAGUAAAAGAUGCUUAUAAUGACUAUCAGCGCCAUCAAAGUGACAAAGAGAUUAACUUUCGAAGCACAAAAAUAUGAAAAGACUCAGAAAAUAAAUUUGAUACAGAAAUGUGAAUGAACAUAGAGGUUGGGAAUUAUGUAUAUCUACAAAAUGGAGAUCCAGCACCUGCAGACUUUGUAAUUUUACUUGCAAGCAACUCUGAUGGCGUUUGCUAUAUAGAAACUUCAAGCCUUGAUGGUGAAAAUAAUUUGAAGCCCAAAGAAGCUUUACAUGAAACUGCUCCAUGGCUGGAGCAAGAAAAUCAAAACUGGACACAGCUUAUACAGAGAUUUGAUAAUGGAGUGCUGAAAAGUGAGCACCCAAACAAUAGGCUUUACAAAUAUGAAGGGUCUUUAACCCUUAGUGAAUUUCCAAAGGCAAUUAGCAUUGACCAAAAUAGCGUGAUUUUGAGAGGAAGCACAAUAAAAAACACAAAAUGGGUAUUUGGGAUCGUAGUUUUUACAGGAGUUGAUACAAAGCUUAUGAUAAAUUCUCAUUCUGCAAUACAAAAACGAAGCAAUGUUGAAAAGCGUGUGAAUAAAUAUUUAAUAAUUGUUUUUACUAUGCUUUUUGCAUUUGCUGCUCUAAGUACAAUCAUUUCAGUGCUCUAUGCCUACACAGAAACAAGCACCGUCAAGUAUUUUGGAGGAAGUACAAAGGAUAGCUCAAUUCUUGGCAUCAUAACUUUUUUGAUCCUUUAUAACAGCUUAGUUCCUAUUUCCCUUUAUGUUUCUAUGGAUAUUGUGAGAGUAAUCCAAGCCAAACACAUUCAAUGGGACUUGAGGAUGUACUAUGAGCCUUUAGACAGACCUGCAAUUGCCAAAACAGGCGAUCUAAAUGAAAGUUUGGGACAGAUCGAGUAUAUUUUUUCUGAUAAAACAGGAACUUUAACUGAAAACCAAAUGGAGUUCAAACGAUGUGCUAUUAAAGGUCGAUUAUAUGGUUAUAAAGAAGAAUCAAGAGGAGGUUCAGGUAAUGUGUGUGUCAAUCCUCAUCCAAAGUUUAAAUUUUAUGACCCUAUUCUUCUAGCUGAUUUAAGAGGCUAUUACCAUGAUGAGAUCCAUAAUUUUUUAGAAUGCAUUGCACUAUGCCACACAGUAAUAUCAGAAGAGCUAGAAGAUGGGAGCAUAAACUAUCAAGCUUCAUCUCCAGAUGAAGAAGCCCUCGUGAUCGCGGCACAUGCAAUGGGAUAUUCUUUUAUCAGCAACAAGCUUGGAGUUUGCAGCUUCAGUGCGGACGGAGUUGUAGAAGAAUUCCGCAUAAUUGGGAUAAAUGAGUUCAAUUCAUUCCGAAAAAGGAUGUCUAUUGUAUUGGAGCCCUUAUCUGACACCACAAAGCCGCCUAUUAUAUAUUGUAAAGGUGCAGAUGAUAUUAUGCUUGCGAAACUAAAACUUUCUGAUGAUGAAAAAGAAGACGUCAAGCGACAUUUAUAUGAGUUUGCUGUAGAAGGGCUGAGAACUUUGGUCCUAGCUAGAAAAAUUUUAAGUAAAGAGCAAGCUGAAGAUUUUGAAAAAAAAUGAAAUUCAGCUAGAAAUGCAAUGUCGGAUAGGACGAAAAGGCUUGAUGAAGUGGCUGAAGAAUUUGAAGUUGAUAUGGAAUAUCUAGGAGUCACAGCAAUAGAAGACAAAAUACAAAGUGGAGUGCCAGAGACCAUUGCGACUCUUAUGGAAGCUGGGAUUAAAGUGUGGGUACUUACUGGGGAUAAACAAGAGACUGCGAUUAAUAUCGGCUAUUCUUGCAAAUUACUGAAAAAAGACAUGACAAUUAUCACUAUUAAUGCAACGAGUACAGAAACUGCAAGAGAUAUGCUGAGGAAAGCUUUAUCGAGAAACGUUAUUAUUCAAAGAAAAUUUGAGCCCCCAAAAGCUUUUGUGAGGCUCAAUAAUAUCAGGCCGAAUUCAAUGAAUUCUUCUUCAAGCUUAAGUGUAAGCCAUAUGAUCGAUGAUGGCUUUGAAUUUCCUAUAGAAAUAAAGAACAUAAACUUGGGGCUCGUUAUAGAUGGAACAUCAUUACAGUUUAUAUUAUCUGACCUUAAAUGUUUGAAAUAUUUCAGCACUCUUUCAUUUUUAUGUCGCGCUGUCAUUUGCUGCAGAGUCUCUCCACUACAAAAAUCAGAGGUUGUAAAGCUGGUGAAAAAUCAUUUUGAUUUUAAGCCAAUCACUAUGAGCAUAGGAGACGGGGCUAAUGACGUGCCAAUGAUACAGGAAGCUCAUGUUGGAAUAGGAGUUAGUGGGGUUGAAGGGCUUCAAGCUGUAAACUCGAGUGAUUAUGCCAUUGCAAGAUUUAGAUAUUUAAUUCCACUUUUAUUUUUGCAUGGACGAUGAAACUACCGAAGAAUCACAAGGGUAAUUCUUUAUUCUUUUUAUAAGAACUUUUUGCUUGUGAUUCCUCAAUUUUACUUUAGUUUUAUAAAUCUAUACUCAGGAACUGCAUGAUACGAUUCUUGGCUAAUUUUGUCAUAUAACGUUGCAUUGACUUCAAUCCCAAUAAUGGUGCUAGGAGUUUUAGAUAUAACCCGAGCCUCCUUUUGGCUUUGGCUACCGAUGUCUCCUGAAGCAGGAGAGGUGCUAAUUUACCCAAAAUUUGUUGGUAAAACUAACUCCCCAGAUGGCAAAUCUCCGAUAUAGAGAGUGGAUUUUCCAUCUUGAGAGUGGUUUUACCAACAAAUUUUGGUAAAACCAACACCCUCCAGAAUCAGGAGACGUCGGUUAGCCCAGGCCAAAAGGAAGCUCGGGCCAUAAAGAUUAUGACUCAAAUUUGAUACUGAAAUAUCCCCAGCUUUAUAAAGAUGGAAUUUAUUCAAAAAUGUUCAACGCAAAAUUAUUCGUUAACUGAGCGUUUUUAGCUAUAUGCCAAACAUUGACAAUCUACAUUCUCUUGACGUUUGGGAUAACUGGAACUAUAUCAGAUAAAGGAUACACUGAAGACAUCAUGAUAAUCGGCACAAUCGCAUUUUAUUCCGUCGUGCAAACAGCCACAGCCACAAUUCUUUUAGAAAUGAAAAGUUGAAACUUACUAUUUAUCAUUAUAACCAUCAUUAGCUUAUUUAUUUUUUUCCCAUUUAUAUUUAUCUACGACUUUUCUAAAUUCCCAACUACUCAGAUGAUAGGAAUUUCUACUGAAAUCUUUAUGACCCCUAUCUAUAUUAUCUGCCUAUUUUUAAUAGGCGUUGCUUGCUUUAUUUUGAUUUUCGCAGGCAAAUUUAUAAAGUCUCUUUGAUUUCCUUCCAAUAAUGAAACUCUUUUGAACGCUCAAAUAAAUCUUGUCCACCCUGAAAGAAGUUAUGUCACUCAAAGGAGUAAGGACUAUAUUUCUGCAAGAGCGUUGGAAUACUCUUCAAAAAUAAAUACCAUUUUUAACGCAAAAGGGCUGAAAAUGAAUAAUGAGCAGCUAAAUGAUAAAGAUGACUAUUCUUGGAAUAAGUGGACCCUGGAGUUCAAUAAUCAAUUCGCAGAAAGGCACUAUAAGCGAUUUCGUACUGAUAGAAUUAUCAAGUUUAUCCGCCUCAUGCUUAUCUUAAUUUUUGGCGCAGUCUUAGUAUGGUCUGUAAUUGAUUUAUUAAGAGGUGAUCAAAAAGUCGGUAUCAUGGGCGUAAGAAUAAUCAUCAUGGUAGUCUUACUAGGAGUCGUCGUUUUCGCAUUUUCUUCACAUUUUAUACGACACUAUGAAAAAGUGGUGAUGCUUAUUAUCAUUUCAGCAAUGAUCAUAAAAACUAUCGUAGAAAUUAUCCAAAACAAUGAUGGAGCCAUGAGCACUGCUUUUGUCCCGUUGCUUACAUUUGUCAUAUUCUAUGUGAGCACUUAUAAGCUGAUUUUUUUUAAUGUCAUUUAUAUUGUGAUUUAUCUGAUAAGGGUUGUGGUCUAUUAUUCUGGCAAAAUAUCAAGGGUGAGCGUUGUUAUUAUUGGCCUGAACUAUAUUACUUUGGCUUUUGGAAUUGCAAUUAUAAGUGGAUUUGUAGGAUAUUCUAUUGAAAAAAAUAUACGGAUUGAGUACAUUUUAAAGAAAAAACUGGAAUUCGAGUUCCAAAAAGGCCAAAAUGUCCUUGGAGAUCUUCUUCCGAAAUUCGUAAGAGACCGCGUUAAGCAAGGAAUCCGCUACAUUUCUGAAGACCAAAGCUCAGUGACUAUCUUAUUUUGUGAAAUUUGUGAUUUUGAUAGUAUUUGUGAAACACAUACACCUAGUGAAAUUAUUGACUUGCUUGACAAAUUUUUUGGAAUAUGUGACAGACUGUGCCAAAAGCAUGCUGUAACCAAAAUAGAGACUGUAAAUAAAACGUAUAUGGCUUGUGGAGGACUAAAGGAUGCUGAAGAAAACCUGGAAAAAUCCAUCUUGGCAAAAAACCAUCCAGUUAGAGUUAUAGAAUUAGCUCAACAUAUUCUCAAAAAAAUGGAGCCAGUGUAUUUAAAAACUGGUGUAAAAUUUCAUAUAAAAAUCGGAAUCAAUACUGGGCAUAUUAUCGCUGGAGUUGUUGGAGACCAAAAGCCGCAAUUUACUCUAAUCGGAGAAACCACCAAAAUUGCGUCUGGAAUGUGCACAUCAAUUGAAAACCCUGAUAUGAUACGAAUUUCUUCAUCUACAUAUGAGCUUGUUCAUGAUGAAUCGUGGGACUUCAUUCCAGACCAAGUAGAAAUUAAGGGAAAAGGCUAUGUGAAUUCAUACUUUGUCAAGGACUUAAAAAUCAGGCCUUCAAGGCAGCGAAAAUUCACAACAUUUAACGAUAUUCCUGACUCGAAAUUCAGUCAGCAGCAGCCUUUACCUUCAGACAGUGAAUUGAAUACCUCAAAAGCUCCGCUUAUAGAUGCAGAUUUUUCUCUUACAAAAACAAUGACCAAGUCAGUAUCUUCAUUUGAAAUUGAUAAGCUUGAUAAAGCAGCAUUUGGGGAUGAGGACGAAAAAGUGUGCUAUUGGUUGGGCAUGCUAAUAAAAAUAAAAUGGCGACGUCACCGACCCGCCCUCUUCUGGAUCUGUUUCUGGUUUUGGGACCUUGCUGUGGCCUGAAGCCAAACCGAGCAGGAAACAGAGUCUAUUUUUAUUCUGGAUGCCUCCCUCAUCUGCAAUGAAGACUUUGUGUCUACCCGAUGAACAUUUAGGGAAAAGGCUUUUUACCCUUAGAGAUGCUAGUGCUGACGAGAGGAAGGCAAAGUUGGUACCGAUACUAGCAAGGGAUCUUAUCUCUAUCUGGAACUCUAGUCACUCAAGCAGCAGUCAAGUCCAAAACCAGCAUACUCCAAGGUUUCGAGACAGCCUUAAGAAUCAGGCCAAAAGCGGAGAGUUAUCUAUGGUGGAAAUGCUGACAUACACAGGGAGGCUCUCUAGCAGCUGAGUGAGUCUUUUGCGAAGACUCAUCUCAGGAGACAUAAAAGUAGGAAGAGCCCUGAUCUAUAAUUAGAGUUAAUGCUAUUGGUUGGGCCUGUUCAAUGGCUAACAUGCAAUUUGCAGGAAUUGCCACCACAGUAUGAAUAUCGUGUGAAGACAAUAGAGAGAGAUAUGUUCACUUUAUUGUGUGGGCUUUGAAUGACCAUUGCAAUUUAUGCAAUACUAACUGUGAUUUUUAUUAUUGGAAAUCGAUUAGCUGAUGAUCAAUAUGGGACAUAUUUCCUUAUAGGAGUCAGGGGUUUCUGCCUGUUCAUGAUGAUCAUACUGGCCAUAUUUCUGGCAAGAAUAUAUACAAAUUAUUUAUAUCCGUGGGUUUUCAUGCUGAUUUUUCUUUGUGCUAGUAUGUCAAGUAUAAGCUUGGUUUCUUUUGUAAGUGAAACUUUUAUAUAUGUGGUGGUAUUAGAAGUCAUGUACUUAAAUCUUGUGAUAAAUUAUAUAGGCGGGCUGCCGUUUGGACAUAUUUUAAUAGCUUCGAUUUCAAAUGUAAUAAGCUGGACUGCAGUAAUCUUAAAAGGCUAUCAUUCAUCUACAUAUAUAGAAACAAUAUUUUUUGUUUUUGUUUUUAUCAUGAUUAAUACUGUAGUUAGCUUGAUGAAAGAACACUAUGAUAGAAAAACCUAUAACUUAAACAAGCUCGCACAAAGAGAAAUUGAGAAUACUGAUAAGCUUCUAUAUCAAAUGAUGCCUCCAAGCGUGAUUAAGAACCUCGAGGAUGGGAUAACAACAACUGACAAAUUUUCAAACGUGACAAUUCUUUUUGCUGAUAUUUGUGGAUUUACUCAAUGGUCUUCAAAUAGAAAACCUAUAGAAGCUGUCAAUCUUUUAUCUAAAUUAUUCUCAUCUUUUGAUACCCUGUGCACGAUUCAUGAUGUAUAUAAAAUUCAUACGAUAGGAGACAGCUAUGUUGUUUUGAGCUUUACUGAAAUAGAGCCAGGGAAAAAAAGAAAGCCUGAAGUUGAAUGCGAAAAUACUAUGAAUAUGGCACUAGACAUGAUAAAAAACGUCAAAAGAAUAAAUAGAGAUAAAGGAGUUAAUUUCAGCUUAAGGAUCGGAAUUCACACAGGCGAUGUCAUUGCAGGGAUAACAGGAACUAAUAUGAUUAAAUACGAUAUCUAUGGCUCUGACGUAGACAUAGCUUUUAUUACAGAAAUCAAUGGGUAUCAAGGAAAAAUUAACAUCUCUGAAGAGUCAAAAAAAUUGCUGGAAAAUAUUCAGUCGGACAGGUUCGAUUUUUAUUUUAACAAAAUGUUUACCCACGCACCAACAAACCGAUGUGUGAACACUUAUUAUGCAAGGCCACUAAAACUUGAAGAUUAUGAAUUUUAA